AGCCGAGGCGGCCUCGUCAGAUGCUCCACACUUCCUGUGUGGGCCUCAGAAUCGCACCCUCCCCGUGGGCCCCGGGCACCUGGAAAUGAGGAAAUAAACCUCCAGUCGGCAGAUCGAGGAGUGAACGAAGAUGGGACCGGGGACUUUCUGGGUCAGUGCUGGGAAUCUGGCUCAUGGCAGCCAGGGGUGUCUGGAGCCAAGAAGAAAAAGAAGGAGAAGAUGAUGUCAUACCUUUCUUUGAUGUCUCCAUCUCCGGGACCACAGUCACCAUUUCCUGCCCUCAAAUGGAAGGAUCGACAAGUUGGAAGGGAGCCCCAGGAAAUUUGGAGUUACCCAGUGGAAAUACAAUGGUGGUGGACAAUUUUUCUGAGGCUGAACACAGUGGAAGUUAUCGUUGUCAAGUUGCCGAUAAAAUAUAUGAACUGUACCUGAGAGCCAGAGUGUGUGAGAUGUGCGUGGAAGUGGACCUCCUGUCCGUGGCCGGGAUCGUCCUGGGGGAUGUCCUGGUCACGCUGGGCGUGCUGGUGCUGGUGUACUACUGGAGCAAGAGCCGCAAGGGCCAGGCCACCGGACGGGGAGCCGGAACCACCGGCAGGCCCAGGGGACCGACCAAAGAGCGGCCCCCACCCGUCCCCAACCCGGACUAUGAGCCCAUCCGGAAGGGGCAGCGCGACGUGUACUCCGGCCUGAACCAGAGGGGCAUCUGAAGUUGCCUGGAUCCAGCCUCCUGCUCUGGGAUUCCUGCUUCCUCUCCCGGCUCCUGCCCUGCCCCCGCCAAGUCAGCCGGCCUCCACCCACCACGGGGACUGACUCCCAUAAAGUUCAAUACAUUCCCCCCAUCCCCGGGGGCCCUAUGGAGCGAGUGCCCGACCUGGGCUGCUCCAGGCAGAAAAGUCUCACAGUGCUCUGCUUUGACCGUGCUCCUCAUCUCUACUGCUGCCCCCUGCUAUUGCUUUCUCUCUCUCUCUCUCUUUCUCUGUCUCUCUCUCUGCGGUUUGGGGGAAGAGGAAGAAGGGUUUUGUCACCUUCACCCAUAACACUGGUCCAUGGGUUCUCUGGUUCCUCUCAUUCCGGCCCUCGGGCCCCUCCACUCCCCUCCUGCUGCUCUCCCUGGCACUGAGAAAAUUCAUUAAAGGGUGUUUGGCCGAAA